CUUCGAGCUACGAUCUCCUGUUCACCUCCUGCAAGGUCCGCUUUUCCUCAGCCGGAACGAUACCCAUACCUAUACCUAUAUAUAUCUUAUAUAUAUACCCCAGUCAAUCAGAAAUCACUCCUCAAGGGUCACAAUGGCUGUCGAAAACUCUUCCGCACCUUCUCCUAUGCCCAUUCCAGAGCUCACCAAGGUCACUACUGAGGCCUGUGAUGCUGCACUGAAGGGUGUCGAAGAAUAUGACCACUCCAAGGUCUCCGAAUGGAACUCUCAGAUCAUCAACACCGUCCUCAAGGCUCUCAUCGCCGCCACGGCCCCUUCCACUCCGUCUACACCUGCUCCUUACCGUUUCACGGUGAACAGCACCAUUGUCCAACAAGGAUUGAUCGACAAGUCGGCCGCUGCAGAUGGCCAGGUCGCCAAUGCUGGAAAACGUGGAAUGCACUCCGCCUCUGCUGCUUUCUGGGACGUCAAGCGUGAUGGAAUGUGGACAUUCAAGUAUCCCGGAGCUGAUGAGAAGGGGCUUGAUGUUGUCGUGAGCGUGACGUGGUUUGCUCUGAGCUAAGGAAUGACAUUUUAUUUUGGUUCUUUAUUUGCUUCGGAAUCUCUUUUUAUGGCAUUGUUAUUCAUCUUUCACCGCCAAUUCUCCUGUCCGAUAUUGAAAACCUAUUUGGUCCUCUCCCCCUUUUUCUUCUUUUCUUUUACUUUGCUUGUCUCGGGCUUCUCUUUGAGCAGGAAGGCGUAAAUGGAUUAAGAGAAUUAGACACAUAGUAAGUAAAAUGUCCCAAGCUGAGCUCGAGGAGCGGCACAAUGGCAUUUUCCAGCUUUUAUCGCCAUAACUACUUGAGUUCUGUCUAUGCUUGACUUGUACAGCCCUGUAUAUUUAAACACACGGGAUGAUAGUACUUCUCUUUAGAGAAUUCUACUCCCUACAGUGCGAGACUUAAGGGGAACGUACGAGUUCAGAGUCAGAACAAUAGUUGGUCCAGAUAAAUUUCAGACAUUCCUUGAAAGAACUUGACUGAUACAGUUAAUAAG